CCCGGUAUAUAGAUCGCACGGCACUCAGCUGCUUUAUCCAGUCCGCCGAAAUGUUUCUUAGAUUAGACAAUCGCUCCCUACGCUAUCAUUGGUCUUACGACUGUGUCAAUUUUGUGCCUAAACCCCAAUUCUUUCCACACAUUCUUCUGCACAUUCCUUGUUGCCGUUUAGAUUUACAAUUUCCUUUAUACUUUUAUUUAAGCGUGACUGCUAAACGCUAUGUAGUCACUGAAAAAACAUUUACGUCACUGUCAGCCACAAUGAAGUACAAACGCAAGGAUAAAUAAAACUAAAUGCACAAAUUCACGUUCGCGAGAAAAUUGAGCGAUUUUCUCAACACGAAAUGCUCCAAACGCAACGUCAGUUCAGGCAAAGUCACCGACAAGCAGCUUAACGAAGAAUUCGAGGCCUUCCUCAGGGAACUCGAAUGCCUGACGGGAAAGAGAAGCUUGCUUCUGAGCUUUAAAAACGACAACUUCGACGGGGCAGCGUCGAGCAAAGACCUAUCCAAACGCUCGGAGAGUCGCAGUUCGGAACUCGUAACAGGACGUAGCAAGCAUUUAACGGAAUCAGAUCUGCUCGCUUAUUUGACCCACAUAAUAAUCAGACCAAACUGCAACAAGGCGUGCAAAUCAGUUUUCAAGGAAAUCUCGACUGCUCGGCAAGAAGAUCAGUUUGAGGAAGACGGGUUUAAUCCUUUCAGCGUUACCGUACAAAAUUCGUUUACUCAGACGGAUGAUUACGUCUUACGCCACACUUGCGUCUACUGUUCGAAACAAGGUUUAAGAGCGCAACUGAAUUCGACCAGAGAGUGUAAAGAUGUCGCCACUAGCGACAGACUUCUGAAAACCGACGAGCAAACCUCGACGGUGAGAGAUUCGAGAAGCGUCACAACCGGCUUGUCCAAUAAAGGCUUCGCGGACGCGUCCACUAGCUACAAACUUCAACGACCAUCCCGGACUUCCAUUGCCGGUGGAGAGAAAACCUCCGCGAAGAUGUGUCUGCCCAACAACUGCGCAGCCCUCCAGCAAAAGGUAAAAGCGUCAGUCAAUGCCAGUACUUCGAUCAAUGACCUGGAAGGUGACCAGAUGACACUGAAGAACAUUAAAGAAGAGGGAAAGACCGACGAUAAAGAAGCGACCUCUUCCGACAGUUCCCGCAAUAAGAGAAACCGCACAAGAAAGAAGGGUACCGACUCUUCCUCGGAUAAGUUCGACGACGAUGACGACGAACGUACCUCGAAGUGCUUUUCGCGAAGGAAGAAGCAACCCAAAUAUCUGCGCAAGGGAAAUUCUGUCCAACGUUCGAUGCAAACGAUACCGGUAGAAACGGAAAAUAGAAGCGAACAAUUUGACGGCCAGAAGGAUCGACAAACCUCUACGGAUUCCGACGUUCCCUACGUAGGCGAGAAACGGCCAACUUCAGGCUGGGUGUGUCGCAAGUGCGGGAAAGAAAAAAGGGACUGCACAGGCUGUCGUAAUACCAUAGUGAUGCCGGCCAGAGACUCUGAAUCGUUGAUGUUCAUUAUCAAAAUGCAAUCGAAAAAUAACGAACGACGUUUCGACAACAUUAUGAACCAGCUGAACCACCAGGGCAACGAAAUUCGGCGCUUGAAUGAAAUGUACCGAGGUAUGAUCGAGAAGCAUUACGCUGCUAGGUUAUGCAGUUGCGCGAAGGAUGGUAGGUUAGAUUGUGACGAAAAUCGAAGGGGUAAAUAUGGACCCCCGUCCCCUGCUGUCGCCAUCCACAUGUGCGAUACUUGCAACGUCGAUGUGGGCGGAACUCUGUUGGCUCGCUCUCUUUCGAGGGACAGUUGUGGCAGUGGAGAAAAGAGAUUUAAGGACAUAUUCAACCACUCGACAAAAAGCAAAGAACCUCUAAGUAGAGUUUCUGAACAUGUUAACGGUUGCGGAUCCGAGGCCAACACUUCCAUUCUUACUGAAAUAAUUGCCAAAGAUAGUCCUGAGGUGCACAUGGGCAAUCAUAACAUGGGCCAUCAGACUCACUCGACUUAUGGCGCCCGGAUUUUGGGAUGGCUCAAGACGUCUUGGGAUAAAACGAGACGUAACCUCGAACAAUGCAAGAGGCGGAGCCAAGAAGCAACCGAAACCGAUGCUGGGUUAGUCAAGUUGAAGCGUUGGGUCACUGCCUUCGUUCGCACUGGAGGGAAGUCGAAAUGAUAGAGAACGCUACCUGUAAAUCAGCACGACUAGGGGGGCAGUGGCCAAAUGCCACAACGAGUGUGUGUCGAACAGGUAAAAGAACGGAGGGCGGUCCAAAACUUCGAGCAGAAGCACG